ACCGGCAGCUCCGGCGGUGGCUGCUGGGGCCUGCUGAGCCGCGGUCGCAUGCAGCUCCUAUGAGGCCCCUGUCGCCGGUCGGCGAUGUCCGGCUGGAGUUGUCUCCGUCGCCGCCGCUGCCGCUGCCGGCUGUGAGCGGGUCUCCGGUCGGGUCGUCCGGGCGUCUCAUGGCCGCUAGCAGCUCCCUGGUGCCCGACCGGCUGCGCCUGCCGCUCUGCUUCCUCGGCGUCUUUGUCUGCUAUUUCUACUAUGGGAUCCUGCAGGAAAAGAUAACAAGAGGAAAGUAUGGGGAGGGAACCAAACAGGAGACAUUCACUUUUGCCUUAACUUUGGUCUUCAUCCAGUGUGUGAUCAACGCCGUGUUUGCCAAGAUCUUGAUCCAGUUUUUUGACACUGCCCGUGUGGAUCGCACUCGGAGCUGGCUCUAUGCCGCCUGUUCUGUCUCCUAUCUGGGCGCCAUGGUCUCCAGCAACUCAGCGCUACAGUUUGUCAACUAUCCGACUCAGGUCCUUGGUAAAUCCUGCAAGCCAAUCCCAGUCAUGCUCCUUGGAGUUACCCUCUUGAAGAAGAAGUACCCGAUGGCCAAGUACCUGUGUGUGUUGCUAAUUGUGGCUGGAGUGGCCCUUUUCAUGUACAAACCCAAGAAAGUAGUUGGGAUAGAAGAACACACAGUUGGCUACGGAGAGCUGCUUCUGUUACUGUCUCUGACCCUGGAUGGACUGACAGGUGUCUCCCAGGACCACAUGCGGGCUCAUUACCAAACGGGCUCCAACCACAUGAUGUUGAACAUCAACCUCUGGUCGACCCUGCUGCUGGGAGCUGGAAUCCUGUUCACGGGGGAGCUCUGGGAGUUCCUGAGCUUUGCCGAGAGAUACCCUACCAUCAUCUACAACAUCCUGCUCUUUGGUCUGACCAGCGCCCUGGGUCAGAGCUUCAUCUUCAUGACGGUUGUGUAUUUUGGCCCCCUGACCUGCUCCAUCAUCACUACAACUCGGAAGUUCUUCACCAUCCUGGCCUCUGUGAUCCUCUUCGCCAACCCCAUCAGCCCCCUGCAGUGGGUGGGCACCGUGCUGGUGUUCUUGGGUCUCGGUCUUGAUGCCAAGUUUGGGAAAGGCACCAAGAAGACGUCCCACUAGGAACAGAGAGACUACCUCCACUUCAAGAGUAUUUAAGUUAUUAUCUCAACUACGGACAUCUCUUGGGCAAACGGGCACAAUAGGGAAAAACGACUGAGUUCCAGUCUGGGGUUUUUUUGUUUUGUUUUGUUUUCGGUUUUUUAAGAAAAGGAAGCCAAAUCAUGUAUUCUGAAAAAAAGCACUUGGAUUUUAACAAGA